AUGAAAGAACAUAAACCACCAAUUGAAGGAGAAGGCCAACCUAUAAGAUGUAAAGCGGCGGUUGUAAGAAGACCUGGUGAGCCAUUGGUGAUUGAAGAGAUCAUCGUGGCGCCACCAAUGUCUCGUGAGGUUCGGAUUCGUGUUCUAUGUUCCUCUCUUUGCCAUAUUGAUCUCGCUUUUUCCAACAUGAAGGAAGCUCCGGGCAUUUUCCCGAGAAUUCUUGGUCAUGAGGCUGCUGGGGUUGUGGAAAGUGUAGGGAAGGAUGUAACUGAAGUUACAAAAGGAGAUGUUGUUGUUCCAAUUUUCCUACCAGAUUGUGGAGAGUGUAUAGAUUGCAAAUCAACCAAGAGCAACCUCUGUACUAAUUUCCCUUUCAAGGUGUCUCCAUGGAUGCCUAGACACGGUACUUCUAGAUUCACCGACUCAAAUGGAGAGAUCAUAUAUCAUUUCAUGAAUGUUUCAAGUUUUAGCGAGUACACCGUGGUUGACAUUGCCAAUGUAACAAAAAUUGACCGAGAAGUUCCUCCCGAAAGGGCGUGCCUUCUUAGUUGUGGUAUAGGAGCAGGAAUAGGUGCUUCUUGGAGAACUGCAGCUGUGGAGCCAGGGUCUACAGUAGCUAUUUUUGGGAUGGGAUCUAUUGGACUAGCGGUUGCUGAGGGAGCUAGACUUUGUGGAGCAACUAAGAUUAUAGGUGUAGAUGUCAACCCAGAAAAAUUUGAAGUUGGUAAAAAAUUUGGGGUCACGGACUUUGUCCAUACUGGAGAAUGUAUGAACAAACCUGUGAGCCAGAUCAUCAUAGAGAUGACUGAUGGGGGAGCAGAUUAUUGCUUUGAAUGUGUCGGUAUGGCGUCAUUAGUGCAUGAAGCAUAUGCUUCUUGCAGAAAGGGUUGGGGAAAAACAAUUGUCUUAGGAUUGGAUAAACCUGGAUCCAAGUUGAGCCUUAGUUCUAGCGAGGUUCUUCAUAAUGGGAAGACCCUUCAGGGAAACUUAUUUGGAGGACUCAAACCUAAGUCUCAUGUUUCCAUUCUACUCAAGCGAUACAUGGACAAGGAACUUCAGUUGGAUGAAUUUGUCACUCAUGAAGUGCAGUUUAAGGACAUCAAUGAAGCUUUUGAUUUAUUGAGAAAUGGAGAAUGUCUUCGAUGCGUGAUUUGGAUGGACAAAUGA